AUGGUUUUCUCUGCCCCUUCCAUGUGUCAACUCAACGAGGAUCAAGUCAUAUCCUCGUUUUGGGAGGGAUACUCUACAAGCUCAACUCCAUACUCCAGAACGAGGGAGCCUGCCUGGCUGUAUCACUCGAUCAAUGUCUCAGCACCAACAACUCCGCUGAGACAAGCACUUCUUUCUCUUGCAUAUAUUCGGAUCGGAAGACUGCAAAACAACCAAACCUUGAUCCUCAAGGGGCAGAAAAUUUAUGGCCAGACUCUCCGAUUGAUGCAGAAUGCCCUGUACGAUCCACAGCUGAUGCGUCACGACGAAAUUCUUGCGGCUGCUCGUUGCUUGGUCUUGUAUGAGGCUUUUGAAUCGACAUCAGAGGACAUGGCUGCGUGGCAAAGCCAUAUUAUCGGUAUAGCCCGAAUGAUUGAGAUUCGAGGCCCAGAACGUCAUCGUGAUCCCUUGCCCAAAUCCAUUCUCGAGUCUAUACGUUAUAACGCUAUGAUUGUCUGUCUCACCAGGAAAGCGCCGUCCUUUUUUGGCUACCCCAAUUGGCUGACACAACCUUGGGCCGAUACACCCAAGGAUCUCGAUCAAAGGCUCUACGACUAUGGCUUUGCGCUAUCCGAUCUGAUCCAAAGGGGCGAGGCAAUUUACCGGCGCUCGGCUCGAACAGAGGUCAUUCUAAUACUCGAACAGAUCAGGGAUGGCUACGUUGGCAUGGCAGCUCUCAAGAAAGACCUCCUGGAGAUGCACGCCGAGCAUGAUGUCUUCGAGGGGCACGCGCUCAAUGAACCGCCCUUCGGCGAGACAACGGUCGCCAUUACUUCAGCCAUUCUUAUUGCCCUCGAUCUGGCAUUCUCCGUUUAUGCCGCGGCACUGAUCGAAAAGUAUCCCGCCGACUUAUUCAACGAACACCACGACCUCGUCGCAGAAAUCUGUCGAUACACCGACGCAUCACGCAGGCGGAACUUGUCAAAGCAGGUCCUUCGGCACCUGCAAUAUUGUCUACAGACCCGAUUCGAAUACGCGCGACCGAGACUCAUCUUCCCGCUGAACGUGGUGAGAUGGGAGCUGAGGACGAUCCCAGAGGACAGAGCCCAGAUACAAGCGCUGUUUGAAGCCAUUUCUUCCAGCAAUCAAUUUCGAAUCGCCCGCAGUGUGCAGAAUGCUGGCUGCUCGACCUUGCCCAGUGUUGUCUCCGGGGUAGCUACCACUGCUAGGUGCUAG